CGUCGGGCGUCCGAGGACGUGGCUGGAAGUGACCCGGGAAAACUGCAGGACGAGGGGCUCCGUCCACCGGUCGGAAAGGCGACGGAGAGGGCCAGGGACCAUCGUCCCGUCGGGGCUGCCGUAUUACCUCAAGGGCGGGGGACCGCCUGGCCAUCUCCCGUCUUGCUGGCUCGGAGGUUCAGCCCGGCGACUUCCGCCUCGCCUUCGGGGUCCGCGCUGCCGGCGCUGGGCACCCUGCACCGCCCGUCACAGCCGGAGCAGGAUGGGGCUCAGGAGGUCGGACCCGAGGCGGGGUCUCUCCCUUUUACGGAGCUCCUGUCCAAGUUGGAAACCACUCAUAUCCAAGCAGAGUUUGAUCAAAUAAAAGAGAAGAAAAGUUUGGAAUUGUCUUCUGCAACAGCGCUGUCUAAAAAUAUAGCUGUGUCUCAGCCAGUUGAGAAGAAUUCUAGUCCUCUAGGACUCAGUGCCAUUAAUACUGAGAUUAUUCAGAUACAAUCUUUUACAGGAACUGGAUCUCAGCAAUUUUUCUUAUAUAAUUCUUCUGUACCUACCGUUCAACUACUUCUGCCUGGCCCAUUACAUCCCUUUGGACAAGUACCCGUAGGUAAAAUAACUACACAUGGGCAGAAACAUACAUCCAUUACAAAAAGCAGGGAAGAUUCUUCAAAUGUUUCUUUGGUUCCAGCUUGUUCAGCAAAAGCACUUUUAAAUGAUGGGAAGCAGCCCGAAGAGCAAAAGAUUAAAAAAUCCCUGAAAGUGACAACUCGUUCUGGGCGGAUUUCUCGCCCUCCAAAAUAUAAAGCUAAGGAUUACAAAUUUAUUAAAACAGAAGACUUGGCUGAUUGUCACCCAUCUGACUCUGAUGACUAUUCUGAGCUAAGCUUAGAAGAUGAUGAAUGCAACAAAGAAAAGGAAGUAUGUGCAUUAUUUAACCCCUUGAACUAUGAUCUGCGGCCAAAAUUGUUUAAGUGUCAGAACUGUGAAAAAUCCUACAUAGGAAAAGGAGGAUUAUCACGGCACUACAAACUAAACCCAGGCCAUGGGCAGCAAGAGUCUUCAGAAUCUUCUCCUAUAAAUAGAUUUUCUGGAAUGACACAGCUGGAGUGUGCUGAAAAGUCAAGUUGUGAAAACAUCCAUCAAACUUUUUCACCUUUACCAGUUACUCUUGCUUUAGUAAGCAAAAAUGAACUAGCUAUAGAACUGGAAAAAAAUCUUCAAACUGAACAGCAGUCUGAUAUUUCUGCAGAAGACAGAAAGUCUGAAGAACAAUAUAGCACCCAUUUAUUACAUUUGAGACAUGGAAAAAGCAAACGGCAGAGAAGAUGUGGUCAACCAAAGAUGGCUAAUAGAUCAAGAUAUUCUAGAAGAUUUAGCAGACCUGUUCAAUUCUCUUCCAAUUCUCUUAAUAAUAUCUCAGCAGAGCAUCUUAGUAUAUUUAAAAGAAAGGCUAAGCUAAAAGAGCUGAUUCAGCAAUGUGCCAAUGAAGAGUUUAUGGAGCUGGUGGUUCCACGCUUGUCAACAGUUGUUACUGUAUUUGAAUUUCUACUGAUGAAGGCAACGAAAAAAUGUCAAGCAAAAGCAUUCUUUCCAGAUGUAUACCGGGAGUUUGAAGAGCUCCAUUCAAUGGUAAAGAAAAUGUGCCAAGAUUAUUUCAAUAAUUCUGAAUUAAAGGAGCCAUUAGAGAUAAAAAACCAUAAGGUGGCCGAAUCACUAGGAAUUACAGAUAGUUGUCUUGAAGUGCAAAAAAUCCAGACAAAUUCUUUUCCUGAGUGUACUGAAUCUACUGACAAGUAUAUAUUGCCCCAAAUUUCAGGACAGAAACGAGUAGCUAAGACUUCAAAUGAAAAGUUACCAAAAAAGAGCAGAGAGGAAAACAUUUUGGAGAAAAUUAAUACUGAACAUUCAAAUCAAGGAGGAAUAAAGGAAUGAAAUCAUACAUAUCAAGGUGAUUUUUAAAUUAAUAUAUCUUUAUAAAAUGAUGAGCAAAUAGCUAAAAAGGUAGAAGAAUAUCAUAUGGCUAUACAAGAAGUCCUUGUUUAGUGACCACAAUUGCGAUUGGCAACUCUGUGUUUAUGCGAAACAGUUGCUAAGUGAAACUGCGACUCUGCUUACGGUCUUCA